CCUAUGGAUACUCAAGUUUGCGGUUCUAGAGUUCCUCCACCGAUUGACCCGAGCCACAUGGGAACGAACAUGGCAGACAUCUCUCUAUAUUAUUCGCAUCAUCCUUGCAGCUACCUUCCUCGCCGUUGUCAUUAGCGACUUUGUCGAAUGUCGCCCUUUUAGUCAUUAUUGGCAAGUUUUGCCCGACCCUGGUGGUCAAUGUCGCCAAGGUUAUGUGCAGCUUCUGACCAUGGCGGUCUGCAACGUCAUCACCGACUUAUUACUCGUCAUCUUUCCCAUCCCAAUCAUUGUGACGAGCGGAAUGACGAUCAAGAGAAAGAUACAGCUCGUCCUUCUCUUUUCACUCAGUCUAUCUGUUGUAGGAGUGACUCUCUACCGUGUACCGCAUAUCAUCGAGGAGAAUGGACGUCAACAAUAUCGAUCUCUUCUAGCCUCGGUCGAGCUCCUGUUUGCCACGGCGGCGGCUAACUCGCUAGUAUUGGGAUCUUUCAUGCGAGACCGGGGUAUCAAAAAGCAAAAAUUUCGCCGAUCAUCCGUCGCCGAGUCACUCGAUCCUUCUCUCAAUCUUCGCCGCCCAACUUUGCAUCGACACUGGGGGAGUGAUGAAGACCUUGUGCGGGAUGUUGGCAUGACUGUCGACCCGGAACUACAGGACCAGCCCGACAAUUCAAGCGAGAAUGGUGCUCUACAAUAUACCCCUGCACCUCUUGUCCGAAAGCUGGAUCAGGAUCUCGAGCGCUGGCAAUUCCCACAAAGACAACGCAGUAACGCGGAGCAUAGCGAUGAUUCUCUGAUUCAACAUGAUCCACUCUCCCGGUCGAAGAGCGAGAACAGUCCAGCACCAAGAAGGGUGUCUUUCUUUGACGUGGGUGGCUUACUCGAUGUCCCGCCAGAGAGUUCCGGCAGUGUACGAGCAAACAGCCGUGAUUCAUCUAAAGAGGAUUCAGCACAGUCUUACACACCUCCUGUGCCUUCAUUGCCGGCCAGUUCGGGCGGGUUUCGUCGGGGUUCAACUGCGUUACUCCAGGAUAUCGGUGGUCUUUUUGGGCCUGCGAACACUAGGCAAAACCGAUCCAAGCCUAAAUACGGAGGCACCGAACUCCAACCGAUACCGCAAUCCCGACAAGAGUCGCGACAAGGCAGCCAUGCACAGUUGGGGACAGAGCUGAGAGAUCCUGGCGGGCUCUUGAAUUAGAGUGACGAUUGCCAUUGGCAUGUACACCUUGUUUCCUUUGCGGCGACAACCACAUUUUCAUCAUCAAAUCUAUUGGAUCAUGGACUCAUAGACAUUUCCGCGGCCAUGGGCGUUCUUACAAUCGGCAUUUCGGGUUACUUAUAUUUAGCAGGACAGGAGUAACGCGUGGGAAGGAUUAUUUGGGUAUUUGGGGGCCGUAUUGAGGCCAGACAUAUGGGAUUCAAGUACAAUUACUAAUGUGCUUUACGAUUUGCAGGCUCAAUAUGGGCCAUUGUUUUCGCCAGGAUGGCAUGGAUAUUGGUUAGAUAUACCCGGCGAAAGCCAAGUUA